AUGAUAUUUAAUUCUAAAUGUUUAAGAUACUGUAUAUUAAGAACUUCUUUUUUCAUAAAAAAAAAAAAUUUAAUAAAUUCUAUUAGCAGAGAAAAUGUAAAAUUUUUCCAUUUCAGUAACAUUUAUAAAAAUUUAAAAAUAGAAGAAGAUUAUUUUUAUAUUAAUCCUUUAAGAAAAUUAACUUGUAUUGGAUGUGGAGAAUUUUUGCAAACAACAAACGAAAGAAAAAGUGGUUUUGUUCCGUAUAAAGUUUAUGAAAAAUAUAGUAACGGAAGAUUAAAAUUUUAUACAAAAGUAAAAGGAGAAGAAGUAGAUUCAAUUCCAGAUGGUGUUAAAGUUGAUGUAAACAAUUAUUCUAAUUUUAGAAUAAAAACAAAAAUUAUUUUAUGUAAAAGAUGUUAUAGAUUACAACAUUAUAAAAGUGCUGAUGUAAAAUGUGAAGUUGAUAUUAAUAGAAUUGAAAAUAUAAUAAAAUGUAGAAAACAGUUACAAGAAGAUAUUAAAAAAAAAGCUGGAAUUACCAAAGAAAAACAUCCAGAAAAUAUAAAUAAAAAUUAUAAUAUGAAAUCUCCAAAUGAAGAAAUUAAAGACGACAAUAAAAAUUAUUGUAUUAAUAUAAAUAAAAUUGAUAAUAAAACUGAUUUUUCUGAAAAGUUAGAAAUGAAAAAUAAUAUAUCAAAUGAAAAUAAUUCUAGUAAAUUAACGGAAAAGAAAGAAUGUAAAUUUAAUAAUUUGACGGAUGAAAAUAAAGAUAAAAUGAAUUUUAGCAAUUUAGCUUUUAUAAAUAGAAAAAUGAAUAGAUAUUUUAAAAAUAUUUCAAAAAAUGACAAAAAUAAACAGGAAUACAUAUGUUCUAAGGAAAAAACAAGAAAUUUUCAAAAAAUAGAAGAUUGUAAUACAAAAAAUGUAAGUAAUACACAAUUGCAAAUGGCUGAUGUUAUCCAAAAGAAUAAGGAAGCAGAAAAUUUAAAUUCAAAUGAUAAAUCUCAAGAUAUUAUUCCUAAAAAAUUAGAUGAAGAAGGAUGCAAAAAGGAAGAAAAUUAUUAUCAGGAUAAUUCGUAUAAUAUUGAUAAAAGAAGUAUCAAUAUUUUUGAAAAGAAAGAUAUAUUAAAAAAAAGAAAUGAUAUUAAAAAGUUGGAUGUAGAAAAAAUGGAAGCAAGUAAAGCUAAAUAUAUAGAAGGAGAUAGAAAUCAUAUAAUGAAUAAUUUAAUUAAAAAAAUGAAAAAAAAAUCUUUAGUUUUAUAUUUAAUUGAUAUUACAAAUAUUGAAAAUACAAUACUUCCUGAACUAUAUAUAGGUUGUAAAAAUAAAGAUGUAAAUAUUAUUUGGCUAGUUAAUAAAGUAGACUGUUUACCCAAAUCAACAAAUUUAGAAAUUGUAAAAAUGUGGUUCAGAAAUUUAGUUAGACAAAUAAAGAAUUCUCAUAUAAAUGAUUUAAUAUUCAUAUCUGCAUUAAAAUUUUAUAAUUAUAAUAUUUUAGAAGAAAGAAUGAAAUACUAUGUAGAUUUAGAUAAAGGAAUUGAUAUAUAUAUAGUUGGAUGUGUAAAUGUUGGAAAAUCCACUUUUAUUAAUUCAUUUUUGAAAUAUAUAAAUUACAAACAUAUAGGAGAUAUUUAUAAUAAAAGAAAAAAAGGAGGUGUUACUACUUCAAGUAUUCCUUAUACAACUUUAAAUUAUAAUGUAUUUAAAAUAAAAAAAAACAUAAAUAUUAUUGAUACGAUUGGGAUACCAACAAAAUAUCAGUAUUCUUCUAUUUUAUAUAAAGAUAUAGACUUAAACAGUAUAAGUAUAAAUAAAAAAAUACAGCCAUUUACAUAUAGAUUAAAAGAAGAUUCUUCUAUAAUUUUAGGAAGUUUAUGUUAUAUCAAUUUAAUUUAUGGAAACUUUUGUUUAUUAACAUUUUAUAUGUCUAAUAAAGUCACUAUUCAUAUUUGUAAAAGUGAAAAAGUGCAAUCUUUUCUAGAAAAAAAGAAAUGUUCCUUUUUAUACCCACCUCAUAUAAAAGAUGACUUUGAUUUAUUAAAGCCGUUUGUUAAACAUACUAUCAAGAUUUAUGGAAAGGAUUUUGAAAGCGUAGAUGAUAUUGUUAUAUCUGAUUUAGGUUGGUUUUCCUUAACAGGGCAGGGAAUAAAAAUAAUAGAAAUUUUCGCACCAAAAAAUAUCAAAAUAUAUAGAAGGCCAUCAAUGAUUACUGAUGCAAUUAAACAUACCCAAAUUGAUGUAUUUAAAUACAAAUCAUAUAGAGGAAGAACAAGCAAAAUAUUAAAAAAGAAAAAAAAGUUAAUUGAAGAAUUAGAUAGAUUGUCUCCAAACAGAAGAGUAGAAAUGAAAAGUCUUACUUUGCAAAAGGAGAAGUCACAACUUGAAAAUUUAAAUAAUUUUAAUGAGACAUCUAUUAUUUGUGAUAAAAAAGAUAUAGAAAAUAUUGUACAUUAUUUAUAA